UUUUUUCGUUGCCCUUUCACAGUAGUUGAUGUUUAUGUGCAUAGAAAAGGGAGGGAGAUAUUGAAAGGCGACUCUUACCAUAGAAAAGGGAGUGUUAUUUGUCAUGGUCGCCACGUAUUUGUUUAGGUUUUGCUGGUGCUGUUCAAAUCAACAUUUUUGACCUCGGUUUCAAAUCUUAAAUAUUUUGUUUAUGUUUUUGUGACCACGUUUGCGGUUUCGGUCAAUAUAAGGUAAUAACUCAAGAAAAAAAUUUUUACAUCCAAAAGGAAUAAAAUGUCUGCAGCAAUUCCUCUGAAGAAAGAAGCAUUACAUGAGGAGAAUCACAAGCCAUUGGGAAUCAAUGCUAUUCUUUUAGGACCACCAGGGUCUGGUAAAGGAACUCAGGCUCCACUUUUGAAGCAGAAAUAUUGCUUGUGCCAUUUAUCAACAGGUGACAUGCUACGGACAGAAAUAGCAUCUGGUUCCAGGUUGGGUCAAACACUGAAAAAAACAAUGGAUGAAGGAAAACUUGUGAGUGAUGAACUUGUGGUCAAUCUAAUUGAAGAAAAUUUAGACAAGCCAGAGUGCAAGAAUGGCUUUUUGCUGGAUGGAUUUCCACGUACUGUAGUCCAAGCUCAAAAGCUUGAUGAAUUGCUUAAAAAACGAAAAAGUGAAGUAAAUGCUGUAGUGGAGUUCAGCAUUGAUGACUCAUAUUUAGUACAACGAAUUACUGGACGACUAAUCCAUCCAUCCAGUGGAAGGUCAUAUCAUGAAAUGUUUCAUCCCCCUAAAGUGCCAAUGAAAGAUGAUGUAACUGGAGAACCACUGAUCCGUCGUUCAGAUGACAAUGCAAUUGCACUGCAGAAACGGCUUGAGGCAUAUCAUACUCAGACACGUCCCCUGGUAACCUACUAUUCUGCAAGAGGUGUGCUGUACAAAGUUGAUGCCGCAAAAUCUGCUGCUGAAGUGUUCCGUAACAUUGAUCAAAUAUUUUUAUCAAUAGGUGCUACUCAAAAAAAAGAAAAGAAACGUUUUAUCUUUUGGUGAAAGUCAACUCAUUUUACUGAAUAUUCAAUACUUUUAGACUUGGAAACAAAGUCAUUAAUACUUUAUUUGAUGGUUUAUAUUUAAAACAUUUUAUUAAUGGUUUUAUAUCCUUUACCUGGUUGUAUUUUUAAUUAUUUUUAGUUUCUAAUAUUUUACCUAUUUGAAACUAUGUUAUCAAGAGGGCUAUUAGAAUAUCGUAAUUAGAUAUUUGGCCAUUUCGCAUGGUUUGCCAAAAAAUACUUAAGAAUUUAAAAUUUUAAAAUUAAUAGUUAAGUUAUUAUGUGUUUUCUUGUAAUAUAUUAAAACUGCCAAUGUAUUGACAAUAUCAUCAUUUGCAAGUUUUAUGUUGGUUCUGUAUUUUGCCUAAUAAAUUAUUAGUUAACGAAA